UUGCGCUGUAGAGGAGAAGAGUCAAACCAGAAAAGAGAAACAGGUACGGAUUAGAACCACGUUGCUAUUGCAUUUGCACACGCCGCCUCGCAGUGCAGGACGACGGUCUAUCGGUGCUGACUAACGACAACUAACGUGUGUUUGUUUCGUAUGCUGCCUUUGCUUGUGCGUCUGCAGUAGUGCAUUUUGUCGCAUUAAUCCUUUUUGCCAAGAAGAGUGAGAUAGAUCCUCACACACAAAACAAGUUGCAGAGCGAACCACACACGCCUAAAAACCCGUUUGUGCACGAGCUCCUUUUGUGCCAUUUGUCCCUUCCUACACCACACGCAGGACAGCGAAAAGAAGCUGUCUGUACCCUUUCUGUGUGUGCCACUUGCUGCUCUGUUGCGCUUGCGCUCUCGCAGUUAGCUGGACUGAGGAACUGAGACGUCAUCUGGCCCUGGGCUUCGAUCGAUCACCACACGCACACACAGCGCUGUCCGUAGAUAAUUCUGCCGCGACCUACUGAAAGACGGCACCGUGGCGGCGACAGCAGAAACCGAGUCCGAACACGAGACGGGAGUGGGCUAAUUGUUGCACACACACAGGCACUGCAAAAUUUAGCCAAAAUCGUACGAAAGAACGGAGGGAGCCAGCGGAACCAACCAAAUGACAGCGGAGGGCAUGCGUGCCAAACGACGAACCACCUACCAAAACAUGCACGAGAUCGUCAAGUUGGCCAAGAAAUACUCGCCCAAGCUGGUGAAAGGCUACAGCGCAGGAAACAUUUCCGUCGUGGAUAAAAAAAGCUGGCUAGAAGUAUGCGAUCGCAAACACCGAUAUGGAGCGAACUUGCGAGCGUAUUAUAAAGAAUGGAAACGUCAGCCGAUGGAGCCCACGAAACCGAGCUUCUGGGAAUGGCUGGACGAUGAAUCAAUUGAAGUCGCUGGUGUACCGAGAACGAAACUAGAACGCGAGACUGUGUUGUACUGUGAUACGGCCGCUGAACGUCAGAAGUUUGCGCUCUCGGUGCAGAAUGGACUCAUUGUACAUGACGCCUCGCAAGAGAUCGUGGAAACUGGGCCGGAUGGCUGGAUUUUUGUUUUACGCGAUGGUGUUCUCUACGGCUCUCAAAAGGAGACGAAGAAGAUCCCUCGAAUCCACCAUACGAGCUUCGUGGGAGGCGAGUGUGUGCAGACAGCAGGCAUGAUGGUGAUCAGUGACGGGGUCAUUAAAACUAUUUAUCCCCACAGCGGUCACUAUCGCCCAUCCGAGUACGAACUGCUGGUGCUGCUGCGCUUCCUGGUGAAUAAUGGUGUAGACCUGAGCGACAUAGAUGUCGACGUGCAGCGAAUCCAGAAAGUGUUUCGCGAUACUGUGAACGGCGCACUCGUAAAGAAGCUGGACAACGCGCACUUCUGGAACGCGUACCGUGUAUGGUACUUCUUGGAAGAGAAGCAUCUCGCAUGGAAAAUCGGACUGUUUGACGAACUUGUCGAGACCGUUGGUCAAAAGACGGAUAUGCACGUGGCGCUGGAGCGAUCGGAAAUUCUGGAGGACAGCGUCAUGGAUGAGAUGAACGAUGAAGCCUCUGAGAUUGCGUUUACGGAUAGCGGAUCUCACCGUCUGUCUCUCUUGCGACCCGCAUACGACGCUCCUACUUUUGAAGAUGCGGCGAAGCGGUUGACCACGUGCGAUUUACAACCGUGAAUCCCUUGACCGUGGCCAUCUGAAUCGGUUCUUUUUGCCUUCUUAACGCCAAGACACCACUAUCACCACCUCCGCACCUUGGCAGCGGAUGCAACACACAUCAAGCAAGUAUAAUGUAAUCUAGAGGGACCAGAGACAUGGAGGGGCUUUCUGGUGUAUUGGUAGUUAGCAUAUUGGUAGUAGCAACAGGGAAGACGAAGUCGAAGCAGCAGGAGGAAGUCAGUAUUGGAGCGCAGGGCGCAACAUUCGACAUCCUCGCGACUGCAGUGGUGCGUUUGAUUUUUAUUUUAUGAAUGUGAGUUUCAUGAUAUUUUGCUUGGUCU